ACUGCGAGCGAGUUUCCAGACACAAAGAAAAGUCGUUUUUCUAUUUAUUAAAAGGUUUCUCAAAUACAGUAGUCAGUGGUCGGCUAACGAUCGGCUAAACCUCAAGGAUUACUCUGAUAAAACAAAGGCAGAUCCCAGUGUUUAUCUACAGAUCUGGUGCUUUCUUAGGGAAGGCGUGUGUUUUUCCCAGUGCGUUCAGAGUGCUAUGAUGUCUGCCCUCUCUGUGACCCAGGCUUUGUGCUUCAGCUGUGAUUAUUAGCUGGUUUAUCUGUCUUGGGCCGUGUGAGAAUGUGAUCCUUCGAUGAGAAUGUGACCUUUAUUGCUCAUAUGGAAGACAGCCGUCAGACUAUUUUAGCUGAUAUGAGCACGCUGCCCGGAUACACAGGGGCCAGGAUAUCAGGCUGCUGGGCACUCCGUACAGAUGGAGGUGGAAGUGGUGAAGACUCUCUGGACAGACUCCUCCUUGCGGUCAGCACCUCUCACAGGAAAAGCAGCACUCUGGGUAAAACAGAACCUCCACUGCUCCGCACCGGCACACGUACCAUCUACACAGCCGGCAGACCGCCCUGGUACAAUGAACAUGGAGCCCAGUUUAAAGAGGCCUUUGUUAUUGGUCUGUGUGGUGGCAGUGCCUCUGGAAAAACUACUGUAGCCAAUAAAAUCAUUGAAGCUUUGGAUGUUCCUUGGGUGGUUUUGCUGUCUAUGGACUCAUUCUAUAAGGUUCUGUCUCCAGAGGAACAAGCUCUGGCUGUCCGUAACGACUAUAACUUUGACCAUCCUGGAGCUUUCGACUUUGAGCUGCUUGUGACCACGCUGCGGAAACUUAAACAGGGAAAAAGUGUAAAAAUCCCAGUCUAUGAUUUCACUACACAUGGAUGCCAGAAAGACUGGAAAAAUGUUUAUGGUGCCAGUGUCAUUAUCUUUGAAGGCAUCUUGUCCUUUGCAGACAAAGAGCUCUUGCAGCUGAUGGACAUGAAGAUUUUUGUUGAUACAGAUUCAGAUAUCCGGCUGGUAUGGCGGCUGAGGAGGGACAUCACAGAGAGAGGCCGGGACAUUGAGGGGGUCAUUAAACAAUAUAACAAAUUUGUAAAACCAGCCUUCGAGGAGUACAUCGAACCCACCAUGAGACUUGCAGACAUUGUAGUGCCACGUGGUGGAGGUAACAUGGUGGCCAUUGACCUGAUUGUUCAGCAUGUUCACAGCCAGCUAGAAAAGCGUGAGAUUAGUGUCAGGGCGCUCCUGACCAUGGCCCAUCAGUCUCAGCCACUUCCUCAGACUCUCAGUGUGUUGGAAAGCACACCACAGGUCCGCGGUCUCCACACCAUCAUCAGGAACAAAGACACCAGCCGUGACGAGUUCAUCUUCUACUCAAGGAGACUGAUGCGGUUGCUUAUUGAACAUACGCUGUCUUUCUUGCCCUCCAAGGCCUGUUUCGUCCAGACACUACAAGGCCAAGAGUAUGAGAGUCGCAGAUUUAGUGGCAAAGGGAUCACAGGUGUGUCCGUUCUUCGGGCCGGGGAGACCAUGGAACCUGCUCUGAGAGCCGUGUGCAAAGACGUCCGUAUUGGCAAGAUUCUGAUCCAGACUAAUCUAGAUUCAGGAGAACCAGAGCUGCACUACCUGCGACUGCCCAGAGACAUCAGUGAGGACCAUGUGAUAUUGAUGGACAGCACCGUUUCCACAGGAGCGGCAGCCAUGAUGGCAGUGAGAGUGUUGCUGGACCAUGACGUCCAGGAAGACAAGGUUGUGUUGGUGUCUCUGCUGAUGGCGGAGUUGGGUGUUCACUCAGUGGCUUACGCCUUCCCUCGUGUCAAAAUCAUCACCACUGCUGUGGACAAGAGUCUAGAUGACCUCCUUCAUGUCAUUCCAGGCAUAGGAGACUUUGGUGAUCGUUACUUUGGGACAGAUGGGUCUUCAUCAUGGAGUGAUGAAGAGCAGCAAGAACCACAUAGCUGCUCAUCAGAGAUGCAUCAUGUGCUUUGACAAAAUGAGACAUUAGCAUUCACACAGCGUGCUCUGUGCUAUCAUCGGUGGAACAAGAGAGACAUGAAUGGAAAAGAAAAAAAAACAGCCACUUCCUGUUUAAACAUCACUGCCAUGUCAAAAUGAUGUCCCCACCAUUACGCAGUGAGCAUGAAAGAGGCGUGGGUGAACUUUUUGAAUAAGCUCUAUUAAAGGCCUUAGUGACAUUGACGGGUGAAGACAGGUGAUCUCUGGCUUUCAUCUUGGAACACACACAUGGCAGCAGUGGGAUAUGUAGCUUCAUAUUACAGGAGCAUUUUCUGCGAAGUUGACAAUAUGAAGAUUUCCAGUGCAAAGCACACUGUUACAAGUAUGAGAAUGCUAGCUCGGUGUGAACAUGUUAGUCAAAUUCUCUGCCAUUAGAUGUCAUUUUUUCUUCAUUCAGAAAUACUGUACUAAAUUAAAG